GAUAUAAAAAAAACCUGACAACCAUGGAGAAGCUUUUUCAGAGAGGUAUAAAUAUGAAAGUCUCCAUUCCAGCUUCAGGACCAGCCAGUGUCACCGUUUUGCCAAAACAGAAAGGUCAGUCAGAGGUGAGCAGCAGCAGUGGGGAGCCUGAACCUUCUGGCUAUUACUACCAGGGUGUAUGGCGAGCUCUAGAUGGCACCACAGUUCAUCAGUUCAACACUUCCUCAGCCAUCACUCAGUGUCUGAAAGGAAAGGUGAUCCAUAUGUAUGGAGACUCCACAAUGAGGCAGUGGUUUGAGUACCUUAAUGCAUCACUACCAGAUCUAAAGGAGUUUAACCUGCAUAGCCCCAAGUCUAUCGGACCUUUAAUGGCCCUGGACUAUGCAAACAAUAUCUUUGUGACACACCGCGCCCACGGUCCUCCUCUGCGUACUGUCAAUGUCCCAUCCAUGGAGCUGCAUUAUAUUGCCAAUGAGUUGGACAAUGUGGUUGGAGGUAGUAACACUGUAGUAGUUUUUGGCAUCUGGGCACACUUUGACAAUUUCCCUAUUGAGUUCUACAUCCGCCGACUGAUGUCCAUCCGCAGGGCAGUGGUAAGGCUACUGUCCAGGGCUCCAGGCACUGUGGUUGUCAUUCGGACUGGAAAUCCCAAAUCUUUUACACCCUCUGGUGCAUUUGUCAACAGCGACUGGUACACUUUUCAGCGGCUAAAGGUACUCAAGGCUGUGUUCAAAGGCUUGAAUGUCCAUCUGGUCCAUUCCUGGGAGAUGGUUCUGGCCCAUCACCUACCACACAACAUGCACCCACAACCUCCAAUUAUCAAGAACAUGAUUAAUGUUCUUUUAUCCUACAUAUGUCCUCAAAAGGUUGGAUAGAUGUGUUUCAGCAGUCCAUGCAGACACAUCUCAUAUAUAAUAUGUCUGCUUCAACUUCACAGGAGCAGUUUAUGGAGGCACAUCAUCUUAAUAACUUUUUUGUUAUUACAACAAAAAUAAAAUUGAAAAAGGGGGGGGGGGGAUGUAAAGCUGACAUAUUCCAAUGUUUUCUAAAGAGGGGAAGCACCUGACAAUUUAUGCUGUCUCUAAGUGUGAUUUUAUGUAAUUAUAUUUGAGCAGGUCAACCAAUUACAUCAGUCUGUCUUUCACAGGCUGUGGGCAAUCAACAUAACUCUGGUGCUGUCCAUCUAGCUGGUUAUUAUAGUUGACUGCCAGCCUUCAAUUUGUUUCUUGAUUUUGCAAAUUUUUGUAAUUCCUUGGUUGAAAAUACCUUGAACACUUUCUUGUUUUGUUUUUACAUUGGACAUUGCUUGGAAAACCAAAGUGAAGUUUUUUCCCGUUCACUGAACUAGCUAAUUUAUAUUUGAAAAGUAUUUGAAAAGGGUCCUGUGACUGUGGUGCAUGAAUCAUUUGUGGGGUUUGAUUUGAGUUAAUGAGUUAAAAAGUACACAUAUACAUACUGAUUAUUGUUUCACUAGCUUGUCACUUA